CCCUCCUUCCACCUAGUGGAUCCUCAGAUCUGAAUGGGGACUUGUUUAUUACAUAUCUCUGCUUUCAUUUGAUCUGUCUACCGGAAAGCACCGGGUUUUCGGUUUGUUUUCUCUUAGUUUAAGCUCCGAUGUGCUGUCCAAACUAAGCUCAGACUUUUCUAGUACAAGAAGAAAAGCUUGCCAGAUUUGUCUGCUCACUUGCCAGAUCUGGACCACUGUUACUUCUCACAGAACAAGGGAGAUCUAGCUAGCUUUUUCCUCUGGAUCAAGGGAUCCUUCCCUCAUCUCUCCGCCCAAUUCAAGAACAAGGGCCAACCAAGAACUGUAUCUCAUCUCUCCAGUUGGUUUUCAAGGCCACUUUUUUCCCUUUGGAUUUGUUGCUGGUCCCUAUACCAGCAUUGAUGACGACUGCCGCAUAUAUAUCUCGCUCGCUGGAUCUGCAUCGCUUCUAGCGGGUCUCCAAGGGUCUCGCGCUCUGCUCACCUCUACUUCUCAAACAGCAAGGGAUAUCUAUCCAGGUCUUGCUCUCGAGCAAGGGCCAAGCAAGAUCCGUCUCUCACAUUUGUGGAGCUACAAACAAAGGUGCAGCUAGCUGGCGCCCUAGGUCCAAGUUGUUGAUUCCAUCAGCAACAGGCAAAUUAAGAGCACACACGGCUAUGGAGGUGGCCGUCAGCGCAGCAUGGUGGGUGGUAACCAAGGCGCUGGCCCCGGUGACGGACGGCUUGCUGGAGGCAUGGGCGGCCAGCGCCGGGCUCGGCCCCAACAUCGACGCCCUCAAGAUGCAGCUGCUUUACGCCCAGGGGAUGCUCAAUAACGCCCAAGGGCACGGCAGGGACAUCACUAACCCUGCGCUCAAGGGGCUGCUCCACAAACUGCGGCAGCUGGCGUACGUCGCGGAUGAAGCGCUGGACGAGCUGGACUACUUCCGUAUCCAGGACGUGUUGGACGGUACCUACCACGCAGCAGCCGUCGUGGAUGACAGUGGCUGCCUCCAGGGCCUCGUCCUCAAUGCUCGCCACACGGCUAGAGCUGCUGCCGGGAAGAUCAAGUCCAUGAGCUCCUGCUCCCAUUCUGCUAGCCCACCUGAUGACCAAGAAGAUAUUGGUGGCAGCCCUGGACGUGCUGUUCAAGCUGUUGCUAAACACUUACCAUGCUGCUACUCUUCUCCUCACACCAGUGAGUUGGCCGAAUCGCCCAACAUGCCAGCUGCAAGCAGAUGGUGGCUCUUCUGUGGCGCCUGCCCGCCCAAGGUACCGGCGCAGAGAGUUAACACCAAAGAGGGAGCACCAAAACUGAAGUUUGAUAGGGUGGAAAUGUCCAAGAGAAUGAUAGACAUUGUAGAUCAGCUCAAGCAUGUAUGUGCUAUGGUCUCCACCAUUCUUAAUCUAGAGCUUCUGAGCUUAAGCCGUAUCCCUACCCAAGUCAGCAUUGCUAUGGAUCGACCCAGAACCACCCCACAAAUUAUAGAACCUCAACUAUAUGGGAGGGAUACCCAGAAAAAGGAAAUUAUAGAUGCCAUCACCCAUGGUGAAUAUUCUUGCAAACGACUUACUGUCCUUCCAAUUGUUGGGCCAGGGGGUGUUGGGAAGACAACCUUUACACAACACAUAUUUGAAGAAGUGAAGAGCAGUUUCCAGGUUGCAAUUUGGAUAUGUGUGUCUCUCAACUUCAUUGCCGAUACUUUGGCACAAGAGAUUUUGGAGCAGUUCCCUAAAGAUAACAACAGUGAAAGCAAAAAUGAUAGUAGCAAAGAAGAGCAAAUUGAACAAAGGUUAAGAUCAAAGAGGUUCUUACUUGUCUUGGAUGAUGUCUGGAAAUAUCAUGACGAUGAGUGGAGAAAACUAUUAGCUCCAUUUAAAAAAGUUGGGACACAAGGCAAUAUGGUUAUAGUCACAACUCGAAUUCCAGGGGUAGCAAACAUGAUCAGGACAGUUGACCAUUCUAUAGAAAUGGAACAUCUAGGUCUUGAAGAUAUCAUGUCUUUCUUUGAAGCAUGUGUAUUUGGUGACCAACAACAACCAUGGCAAGAUCAUCUUGAACUAUAUGAUGUUGGCUGCAAAAUAGUGAAAAAAUUGAAGGGUUUCCCUCUUGCUGCAAAAACUGUGGGUAGAUUGCUUAAGAAGCAACUGACGUUUGACCAUUGGAUGAGAGUUUGGGAAAGUAAAGAGUGGGAGUCACAAGCUAGCGAUAAUGACAUUAUGCCAGCUCUGAAGCUUAGCUAUGAUUAUCUCCCUUUCCAUCUGCAACAAUGUCAGCGUAAUCUGCAGCCGCCUCAAUGUCUUUCCUUCUGUGCAUUGUUUCCCGAAGAUUAUGAAUUUCAUGCAAAAGAGUUGGUUCAUUUGUGGAUUGGCCUAGGUAUUUUACACUCAGAUGAUGAAAAGAGAAGAAUCGAAGAUGUUGGAUUGUGUUACUUAACUGACUUGGUUAAUCAAGGUUUUUUCAAAAAGAAUGAAUCGAGAUUGGGCGGUCCUUAUUACACCAUCCAUGAUCUACUGCGUGAGUUGGUUGCGAAGGUCUCAUCAUAUGAGUGUCUUAGCAUAUCAAGCUCCAAUGUGAUGUGCAUAGAAAUUCCCCCAUUUGUUCGGCAUCUGUCUAUCAUUGUGGAUGAUGCAGACGUCAAGGACACCAUGACUUUUGAAAACUACAAGAGGGAUUUGUGUGCGCUGGAAAAAAGGCUUGAAGUUCAAAACCUACACACUUUAAUGUUGUUUGGACAAUACCACGGAACCUUUUCUAGGGUUUUCUGUGGUUUGUUUCGGGAAGCUAGAGCCCUUCGUACUGUAUUUUUGUCUGAUGCAUCAUAUAACCUGGAGGAUGUGUUGCCUAACUUUUCAAAACUUGUCCAUCUUCGCUACUUCAAGCUAGCUGGUUUUGGUGAUGACAAGGGCUUGUGUGUAGCUGGUGUGCUGUGUAGAUUAUAUCAUUUGGAAGUCAUUGAUCUACAAGGAUGGAGGGGCCGCUUUGGUUCAACAAGGCAUAUUAGCACCCUUGUAAAGUUAGGUCAUUUUGUUGUGCCCCGAGAAGAACUUCAUUCUGACAUAUUUGAGGUGGGAAAACUAAAAUUCAUCAAUGAGUUAAAGACAUUUAGAGUGGGACAAGAAAGCAACAUGUUUGAACUGAGUCAACUAGGGAAACUGGAAAAUAUUGGAGGAUUGCUUGGCAUUUACAAUCUUGAAAAGGUGCAAUCAGAAGAAGAAGCAACUAAAUCAAGACUGAUACACAAAAGCCACAUGCAAGAGCUAAUAUUAGAAUGGUAUGUUCAGCGAUCUAACAGGGAUCCUACAUUUGAAGAAAAUGUUCUUGAACGCCUUGUACCACAUAGCAAUCUUCAACACCUAUACAUUAAAGGGCAUGGAGGAACUAAUUGUCCAAGAUGGCUAGGUGUAAACCUCUCCAUAAAGAAUCUGGAAUCUCUUUAUCUGUAUGAUUUGUCUUGGGGAAACCUUCCACCUUUAGGAGAGAUGUGGAUGGUCAAUGAUCUUGGUGCAGUGUACAAGGACUGUAUCUUAGGCCAAGGAUUUCAAAAUUUGAAAAGGCUAGAAUUGGUUAAAAUACCAAGAUUGAGAAAAUGGGUUGGGGACAACAAUACUUGUCAUUUGUUCUAUCACUUGGAAGAACUCACCAUUGAAGAUUGCUCUGAACUUACCGAGCUGUGCUUUCCAGAUCUUAGUUGUGGUCUGCGACAGCAAGAGAAGAGCAUAUCUUGGUUUCCUAGACUAAAGUCUCUCGGGAUACACAACUGCCCGAAGCUACUGUCAUUGCCUCCAAUCCCUUGGACUUGUGGUCCGUGCUCCGCUGUGAUAAAUAGGGUGGGCUCCGGUCUUGAGCGGCUAGUUUAUAAAGAAGACUCAACUUCAUCACUUGAAGUGCAGGGAACAUAUGGCCAGGAUAGUGUGUUCUUUAAUGGGUUGGUCUUCUCAAAUCUAACUUAUCUGAAAACAUUGGUGAUGCAAAGUUGCUCUCCUCUGCUGCUCGAUCGCCUCCUAAUGCUAAAAUCUCUGGAAUCCCUCCAGAUAAGUAACUCAAGUAAUAUAUUAUCCAUGGUUGAAAGUUGUGAAAUAGGAAAGAGAACGCAUACGAGGAACUACUCGUCUGGAGAAUCCUCAGAAUCAGAAUUAGCACUGCUUGACGAAGCAGAGCGAGUGAUAGUCAAGGUCGAAGCAGGAGUGGUUGCAUGGGCUUCGGCAUCAGCUUUGGAAGUAGCCUUGCGAGUUGCAUCUGGCUUGAAGAUAAGUGUUCUAGCUGUGUCUUUGAGAUCAUCAUCUGGUUUGACAAACAACAGAUCAGUGGAUGCAGAAUGUUGA